AUGGCCAGGCAAGCUCUCAAGACCCAGGCAGCUCGCAAUGCCGCCAUUCUCCAGCGCACCCAUCUGAUCGCAUUGGGCGUCCACGCCUUCCACCUUCUGCUGCGCUUCACCUUUGUGCGCCGUUCCUUCUGGGCAUACCUCCUUCUUUCUUUCCCGUCCCUGCUCAUCCAAUUCUGGUUUGAGCGUGUCGGUCGUCCUACCUACAACGACGGCCCCAAUGGCAAGGAAUUGAAGCGAGCUGGAGAGGACCUCGAGGCCAAGGGCUUGACAGAAUGGAUGUGGGAUGUUGUCUACUGGUCGUGGGGCUGCAUUGUCUUGACCACUUUGCUGGGCGACUGGGCCUGGUGGUUCUUCGUGAGUCACCUCGAUACUCUUCCCGACUUCCCUACUUUACUGACUCGCCGAAGNACCGUCAUCCCCCUCUACUCGGCCUGGUUGGCAUACACAACCUUUACCGGUGCUCGCCAGGGCCUCAUGGGAGGUGGUGCCAUGCCCGCCGAGGGUGCCUCGAGUGGCGCGCAAAGCAAGCGUCAACAAAAGAUGGAAAAGCGAGGCGGCCAGAAGAUGCAAUAUAGAUAA